AUGCUCACUAACAAUCCUACAUCACAAGAGUUAAGUGUCAUCAACUCCUUGGUUAAUUGCAAUUAUAUAAGAGAAGUAUUGUUAACUAGCAACCCUCUAUAUGCUAUCCUUCCAUCAUCCAUUGGGAAUCUUUCCUCAUCUCUUGAGUUUCUUGCUGUUGAGGAUUGUGGGUUAAAGGGCAUCAUUCCUAAUCAAAUUGGGAACUUAAGUGGAUUGGUUACCUUAAAUUUGGAAAGCAAUAACUUGAGGGGGUUUAUUCCACCACUACUUGGAAGGGUACAUGAGCUUCAACGGUUGUAUCUUAGUACUAACAAAUUCAAUGGUCCCAUUCCUCAAAGUCUUUGUGAAGUCAAGUAUCUAGGGGAACUAUAUUUACACAAUAAUCAACUUUCUGGUGGUUUACCAAAAUGCUUUGGUAAUAGUACUUCCCUUAGGAAUAUUGAUUUUGGUUCAAACCUUUUAUCAUCUAGAAUACCUUCAAGCUUGUGUUCUCUCAGAGAUCUAUUGACGCUUGAUUUGAGUUCCAAUUUCUUAGAUGGAUUUCUACCUGUUGAAGUUGAAGGGUUUAAGGCACUUUACUUUCUUAACAUCUCUCACAAUGAGAUCUCAGGAAAUAUCCCAGUUACAAUUGGAGAGUUGCAAAAUUUGGAAUCUCUCUCCCUUGCAAACAAUAGGCUAGAAGGGUCUAUCCCAAAACAAAUAAGUCAAAUUAUUUCCUUGGAACUUUUGGACUUAUCUUUGAAUAGACUCUCGGGUUCAAUUCCAGUGUCUUUGAAAAGACUUGCAUACCUCAAAUACUUUAAUGUAUCUUUCAACGAAUUGAGUGGUGAAAUUCCAUCCGGUGGUUGUUUCAAGAAUCUCACAAGUGCGUCGUUCUUGUUCAAUGAGGAGCUAUGUGGAAUUCCAAAAUUUCAUGUCCCACCUUGUCAUUUUGCUCACCAUUCAAAGAUUAAAACAGGACUUCUCAUUACAGUUGCAUCUUUGGGAGCUGCUUUAAUAAUUACUAUUUUAAUUAUUGCAAUUAUCUUGACAAGGCAACGAAAGAAACAUGAUGUCCCAAGUGUGAUGAAUAUCUACAUUCCAUUCGAUGAAAUAAGGAUAUCUUAUUUUGAACUUGCAAGGGCUACAAGUGGAUUCAGCCAAAGUAAUCUUAUAGGUUCAGGGAGUUUUGGCUCUGUUUAUAAAGGGAUUUUGAAUAACGGAAUGCCAAUUGCAGUGAAGGUGUUUAAUCAAUCAGAACGUGCACUUAGGAGUUUUGAUGUUGAGUGUGAAGUGCUAAGGAAUUUACGCCAUCGAAAUCUCACUAAAGUUAAUACCUGUUGCUUUUCUGACAACUACCAGGCCUUGGUCCUUGAAUACAUGUCAAAUGGAAGUCUUGACCAGUGGUUGCACUCACAGAGUAACUUCUUAGAUACUGUUCAAAGGUUGAAUAUAAUGAUUGAUGUUGCAUGUGCUUUAGAGUAUCUUCAUCACGGUUACACAAUACCAAUAGUCCAUUGUGAUUUAAAACCUGCAAAUGUGUUAUUGGAUGAAGAUAUGGUUGCCCAUGUAAGUGAUUUUAGUGUGACAAAGCUUUUAACCAAGGAAGAAAACUUCUUGCAAACAGAAACUCUAGCAACAUUGGGCUAUAUGGCACCAGAGUAUGGAUCAACGGGAAUGAUAUCAACACAAUGCGACACUUACAACUUUGGGGUUGUGUUAAUGGAAACAUUCUCGAAAAGAAGGCCCACAGAUGAAUAUUUUAGUGAGGAUUUAAGCUUAAAAAGUUGGAUGAGAAAUUCUAUACCUCACCACAUACUUGAAGUAGUAGAUUCCAACUUAUUGAGGGUCGAGGAUAAAGAUUUCACUACGAAACUGCAAUGUGUAUCCUCUACACUAGAAUUGGCAUUACAAUGUGUUGCGGACUCUCCAGAAAUGCGGUUAAAUAUGAAAGAUGUAGUAGCAAGAUCAUCUGCGGCGAGCGAAAGCGAGAGAUGGAGGAGAAGGGCGACACUUGGCGAGCGGAGCUCCGGGAAAUUCGUCAGGAGGAUCUGGCUGCCGGAGAAUGCUAAGGUGGAUCAAGUGAAGGCUAGCAUGGACAACGGCGUUCUGACCGUCACAGUUCCAAAGGAGGAGGAGGAGGAGAAGCAGAGCGUGGCUCUAGCUCGAAGAAGGUGUUGA